AUGUCUUGGCAAGCACCAAAAGAUUACCAGAAGCGCCCAGUCGCCAUACUGGGCGCUGGGGUGCUUGGACGCCGAAUUGCAUGCACAUGGGCAGCCGGUGGGUAUGAGGUCCAAGUCAGAGAUCCAAGUACAGAGCAGCGCGCUCAAUGCUUGCAAUAUGUCGCCGAGAAUAUCGCGACCUACAAGAACCUAACGACAGCGACAAGAGCUGGGGAUGUUCAGGUCUUCGAAGACCUUGAGCACGCCGUAGCGAAUGCGUGGCUCGUUAUCGAAGCUGUUCCCGAGAGACUCGAGCUCAAGAUCUCGACAUUUGCAACACUCGAGCAAGUCGCGCCUGAAGACUGCAUUCUUGCAACCAACUCCUCGUCUUACAAAUCAUCAGAGAUGAUCGGCAAGAUCUCCGAAAACACAAAAUGCCGGGUACUGAACACCCAUUACUACAUGCCUCCCGAGAACAUGGUUGUUGAACUCAUGACAGACGGGUUCACUGACAGCGCGAUCUUCCCAUUUUUGUCAGACCGAUUCAAGGAGAGCGGCGCGAAGCCGUAUGUUGCAAGGAAAGAAUCGACAGGCUUCAUCUUCAAUCGCCUCUGGGCAGCAGUAAAGCGAGAGACCCUGACCAUAUUGUCUGAAGGCGUCAGCGAUGCUGAGGAAAUUGACAGUCUUUGGACAGAGAUGUUCAUCAAGGGAGGGGCAAAGCCAUGUAAGACUAUGGACCAAGUCGGUCUCGAUACUGUGGCGUUCAUCGAGGGUCAUUACAUCGCCGAGCGCGGACUGUCAUCUACGCAUACAACGGAUUACCUCAAGGCGAACUAUCUCGAGCAGGGUAAAUUGGGCAAUAAGUCUGACAAGGGCGGUUUGUAUCCUCCAAAGAGUAAAGAAGCCUCCACCAACGAGGCGAUCAACGGACCUGCCACAAACGGAAAGACAUCUCCUUAUCCAACGAUCAUCGUCCUCGAUGCAGGCCUCUCAGCUUCAGAGCCUGGCAAUGGAGCAGGCGAAAUCCUGCAACUCAGCACCGACGGCUCUGCACCCAAGUCGAUUGUCUCAGGCCAGGCACUCCCGGACGGCAUUGCAAUCGACCACUCCCGCUCACGCAUGUUCUGGACAUGCAUGGGCGAACCAGGCGAUGAAGACGGCGCCAUCUACUCCGCCAACCUCGACGGCUCUGACCAGCACACCGUCAUCGACUCGGGCAAGAUCAACACUCCCAAGCAGAUCUGUCUCGAUACCUCUGCGCAGAAGAUCUACUUCUGCGACCGCGAAGGCUGCACCGUAUACCGCUGUUCCUAUAGCGGCUCUGACCUCGAAGUCCUGGCCAAGAACGGCGGGACCGCAUCCUACACAUCCGGCCAAGCAAACGCAAUGAACUGGUGCGUCGGCAUCGCCGUCUCGCCAUCACGCGGAAAGUUCUACUGGAGUCAAAAGGGUCCGUCGAAGGGAGGCCGUGGCAGGAUAUUCUGCGCCAACAUCACCACGCCCGAAAGCAAGACGGCCGAGUCCCGCGAAGACAUCAAAUGCAUUUUCUACGGGCUGCCUGAGCCGAUCGAUCUCGAAGUCGACGAACACAACAACCGCCUCUAUUGGACUGAUCGUGGUGAGCUGCCUUGGGGGAAUACGUUGAGCAGGGUGGAUUUGGACGAUGAGGGUUUACCGGUUCUCGAGGAUCCAGCGAUCCUGCCGAGUAAGCUGGUUAUUGCGAGGAGGUUCCAUGAGGCUAUUGGGCUGCAGGUUGAUGCCAAGCGUAAUCGUGUCUACGUGAGCGAUCUCGGCGGGGGUGUGUAUGUUUGUGACCUGGAUGGGAAGAAUAAGAGGACGAUAUACCAGGACGAGAAACGCGCGUUCACUGGGCUGGCGUUGCUUUAG